AUGUCCGUUGCGACGAUGCUACAACCUGCAUCCAGACAGUCACGGGCAUCCUCCUCCUCUUCCUCCUCGUUUCAGCCCGUGGCACGACAGAACACAAUGUCGUCGCACGAUACUCGGUCGCUUCGCCAAUCCAAGCGGAUGUCGGUCACGGCCCUGUACCUGUCCAUGUCCGCCAAGGAUCGAGACUUGGAGAUUUCCGAUGACUUGGCACGAGCACAAAAACACCUGCGGGAUUUGAAGUCGAGGAUUUCAUCGCAAUCGAAAAAGAACUUCGUGUUGGAAAAGGAUGUGCGAUACCUGGACUCGCGAAUCGCAUUGCUCAUCCAGAAUCGAAUGGCGUUGGAAGAACAAAAUGAAGUCGCCAGCCAUCUCGACGAUACCGCAGACCCGCAGGAAGGAUUCUUCCCGAACGAUGAACGAACCCAGAAGUACGGCAAUCUUCUUUUCCUCCUGCAAUCAGAACCCCGCCACAUCGCCCACCUAUGCCGACUCGUUUCCAUGGCCGAGAUCGAUUCCCUCCUCCAGACCGUCAUGUUCACCAUCUACGGAAACCAGUACGAGAGUCGCGAAGAGCAUCUUCUGCUUACUAUGUUCCAGUCCGUCCUCACCUACCAGUUCGAUAACACACCGGAGUACUCGUCCUUGCUGCGCCAAAACACCCCAGUUUCUCGCAUGAUGACCACAUACACGCGCCGUGGUCCCGGCCAGAGUUAUUUGAAGCAGGUGCUCGCAGACCAGAUCAACGCUCUGAUUGAGUUGCGGGAUGUAGAUCUGGAGAUUAACCCCUUGAAGGUUUAUGAAAGCAUGAUUAAGCAGAUCGAAGAAGAAACCGGCUCUCUCCCAAAUUACUUGGCCCGAUCUGUGACCGCCGAAGAUGCUGCUGAAAAUGCGCAGGUGCAGGCCAUCAUUGCCCCACGUUUGAAGAUGUUGACGGAUAUUGCGAACGGAUUCAUCACAACCAUCAUUGACUCGGUAGACGAGGCUCCGUAUGGUAUUAGAUGGAUCUGCAAGCAGAUUCGCAGUCUGUCGCGCAGAAAGUAUCCGGAUGCCCAGGACCAAACCAUCUGCACUCUUAUUGGUGGCUUCUUCUUCCUGCGCUUCAUCAACCCGGCAAUCGUUACUCCUCGCUCUUACAUGCUGAUCGAUGCCACGCCCACGGACAGACCUCGCCGUACCCUAACACUGAUCGCCAAGAUGAUUCAGAACCUGGCGAAUAAACCUUCCUACGCCAAGGAACCUUACAUGGCCAGCCUGCAGCCCUUCAUCCAGCAGAACAAAGAACGUGUCAAUAAGUUCCUGCUUGAUCUGUGUGAAGUCCAGGAUUUCUAUGAGAGUCUUGAAAUGGACAACUAUGUGGCCUUGUCGAAACGGGACCUUGAGCUCCAGAUCACUCUCAAUGAAAUGUACGUUAUGCACGGUCUUCUAGAGAAGCACAGUGCAUCGCUUGCCCAAGACCAAUACUCGCACCUGUCUGUGCUGCUCCAAGAAUUGGGUGGUGCUCCCCCUCAGGUUCCCCGCAAGGAGAACCGCACGAUCACCGUGCCUUUGUUCAGUAAAUGGGAGACCGCUCUCGAUGAUUUGACAGCCGCUCUCGACAUCACUCAGGAGGAAGUGUUCUUCAUGGAGGCCAAGUCAACCUUUGUCCAAAUCCUGCGAUCCCUGCCUCAGAACACCUCAGUUGCGCGUCGACCUCUACGCCUCGACCGCAUUGCCGAGGCUGCAGCAACCUUGAAAAAUGAUGCCGUGAUGGUGCGCAAGGGCAUCCGAACCAUGGAACUUCUCAGCCAACUACAAGACAUGGGCGUGAUUGACCGCUCCGACGAGUUCAGUUUGCUUCGUGACGAAGUAGAGCAGGAGCUGGUGCACCUGGGCUCCCUCAAGGAGAAGGUUCUGGAAGAGACGCGGAAGCUCGAGGAAGUUUUCGCGACUAUUCGCGACCACAAUGCUUACUUGGUCGGCCAGCUGGAGACAUACAAGUCUUACCUCCACAACGUGCGUAGUCAGUCAGAGGGCAAAACCCGCGGCGGGAAGACGCCAAAGAACCAGGAACUUGGCCCGUACAAGUUCACCCAUCAGCAACUGGAGAAGGAGGGUGUCAUCCGACGCAGCAAUGUGCCAGAAAACCGACGGGCGAACAUCUACUUUAUGUUCAAGAGUCCCUUGCCAGGGACCUUCGUCAUCAGCCUGCACUAUAAGGGACGAGCCCGUGGAUUGCUGGAGCUUGAUCUCAAGCUGGACGAUCUCCUGGAGAUGCAAAAGGACAACCUUGAGGACCUCGAUCUGGAGUAUGUCCAGUUCAACGUCACCAAGGUGCUUACACUCCUAAACAAACGAUUUGCACGAAAGAAGGGGUGGUAAGGGCGUUAUAUGCCCCAGGCUCCCCAAAGUCUCCCUUUUGAUGAAUGAUGAGCUCGAGCAGAGGUCAACCAGCUCCCCCCCCAAUUUGCUCUGCCAGUCAGGUCCUCUUUUCUACCUGACGAUCGACCGUGCCUUAGGCGCUUAAUAUUGCGAUGAUGAUGGACGCCAAUAUAUGUCAUAACUUUCCAUCCCAAAUAAUGGAUCGGAUGACUGCUCUAUGCAACGACUGAAAUCUGCCUGUCCAUGCAGUUCGGGCGAAUGCCCUUUGUGAAUGUUGCUGACACGCACAUACUCUUAAUGGAGAAUGAUCAAGGCCCUCUCCCCGCUGGUACGGGGGAUGUCGAUGAUCCUGUGAUUUUUGGUAUAUCCUUUUGUGUCCUUUCCCCAUCUUUCCUACUAUGCUUGCCUUUUACUAUGUCUCUCCUCCUUUCAAUGUCUAUACCCAGCGCAUAGUUGUUACUAUUUGUUUUUUUCCCCCGGUUUCAUUGGGGCCCCGAGUCCUAUAAUCCCCCGGCAUGUCUUUCUGCUUUGUGUUUCCAUCACCGCCCAAGCCUCUCCGGUCUUCAUGCGCUGUGUAUAAUAAUGCCUAUUUGCGAUGUGUGCUGAUGUUGAACUGUUUUGAAUUGAAUACCCGUAUGUUAUGUUGUGAACGAUUUAUUUCUCUACGGAGCGUCUAGGCAGAUUAAUUUAUUUCGGGACUUGUGGGCUUCUCUAAUAUAUCUAUUUU